CUAAAUAUCAAGCCAUUCUUGUCUUGAAUCAUCCACAAAGAAUCAAAACAAACAGAAGACACAGGAGGGGAGGGGUAUGGAAAAAAACUCAGCAUGAUCAAAUCAGAACGAAAUUUAGCAGACGACAACAGCAACAUCGCCCCUGUCCAGCAUCUCAUAGGAGACAACACAGCAGACAACAAGAGUAACAACAGUGGAAACAACACCACCAUCAUUAACACCGUCGCUAGCAGUAGCGUUACAGAAAACAAAAGCAACAACAGCAGAAACAACACCUUCACAAACCAAAGCGUUCUAGUCACAGGGGGUUCAGGGUUUCUUGGGCGACACAUCGUCAGUGUACUGAGAAGCCACGCCCCAGAGGUGAAGGGCAUUUGUGUCCUUGACCCUCGACCUUUUGAGCCGCUUUCAGGUCUAAGCGAUGAGAACCCAGAAUGUGUCACAUACUUCCAAGGAUCCAUCACUGAUCCAGUCAUGUUACGCAAGGCAAUGGAAGGAGUGCACAGCGUCUAUCACAUUGCCGGAAAAAUUAGUUUUGGCACCUUUCCAGAUUUCAAUGAAAUGAACCGGAUUAAUAUUCAAGGAACGGAGGAGGUUAUCAAGGCAUGCCUGGAGAAAGACGUUUGCAGACUCAUCUUCUGCAGCACAGUGGAUGUUGCCAUUGGUUACCAUGACAUCAUCAAUGGCUGUGAAGUCACAACUGCAGCGCCCCCUAUAAAGUUCCUGUUUCCUGGCUAUCCUGAGUCCAAACACAGAGCAGAGUGUAUUGUGCUGGGAGCCAAUCAACAAAAAACUAAGAAUUGUGGCACAUUACACACCCUCUCUUUACGUGCCAAUGUGAUGUAUGGUGAAGGUGACCCCUAUUACAUCACCAGUGGACUGCGUAAUGCCGCAGGUAGCAAUGGCACUCUCUACAGGGUCGGAGCCAUGGCCGCAAAGUUUCAACCUGUGUAUGCUGGUAAUACGGCGUGGGCCUUCAUUUGUGCGGACAGAGCAUUGGCAAGAAAGUCCAGCCUUGGUGGCCAAUUCUACUACAUUCCAGAUGACACGCCCAUCCAGAGUACGUUCAACUUCAUCAAACCAUUCCUUGAGAUUCGAGGCUUCAAGCUCUCAACAUUCUCCCUGCCGUACGGACUUGUCUACUACGGCCUCUUGGGUUUAGAAUGGAUUGCAAAAUUACUGUCUCCAAUAUACAGGAUCACUUUACCUGCUGAAUCGUACAGCAUUCGUUACAUCAACAUGGAUUUGUACUUCUCGCGAGAAAAAGCUACAAGAGAGUUAGGGUUUCAGCCAAUAUUUUUCCCAAAGGAUGCCAUAGCAAGAUGUCUGAGUUAUUACAGAGAUGUUAAGUUAUAGACUCAAAGGUAGAUAUAGAGCGAAGAAAGAAGAACAGGUUUGUCAGAGACUCAGAGGUAGAUAUAGAGAAAGACAGAAGAACAGGUUUGACAAAUGUAUCUUUUAAACAGAGCCCUGAUGGGAGAUAAAAUAUUGUUUUUUAAUCUAAAAAUUUAUUUUUUCUCAUCCCUGAUUAUAAACAGAUGUUGACUAAUUUUUAGAGAAGCAGAAAAGAGACAUUAGAUUGAUAUGGAUUUUAUAGAUAAUGUUCAUGCAUAAAUAUUAUUGUCAGGCUAAGAGUUUUAAAUCAUUUUAUAUAGAUAAUCUAUUAAGUACAGUCGAAACUGACAUAAUGG